AUGGCCUCAAGUAAGAAGACUUCUUUACCUAAAGGAAAAGAAACUCUGCAACACUUUACCCAUCCUCAUGUCCUAAUCAAGGAAGUUGUGGCAACAGUUUAUGAGGGUAACAGCGGGUUUAUAUGUAGUUGCUGCGGCAUGGAGGGUUCUGGUAUUAUGUACUACAGCAAGCAAUGCGAUUACGGUAUCCAUGAGGAUUGUGCAACCUGCCCUGAGUAUCUCACCACUAACUUUCACCCUGACCAUCAAUUAGAAAGGAUAUGGGAGGGACUCCAGGAAGAUGAAUCAGAAUCAUCAGAUGACGGUCAGUCGCGUCCGUGCGGUGUCUGUGGUGAUGAAGUCAAAGGUUUUUUCUACAAAUGCUCAUCCGGUGCUGCUGAAAAGAGUCAUGAUGAUGACAAGGACCAUUACUUUUGCAUCCACCCAUCAUGCUCCAAACUUCCAUUUCAAAUAAUUCUUAAGCUUCAAUCAGUUCCAGUUAGUCCUGAUGCCAUGUGUUCAAUCUGUGGAGACCUUGUUUCUUCCUCUCCUUGGAGUUACAUAUCUGAUCCGAGUGGUCUCAACAUCCAUCCCCAGUGUGUUACUCUUCCAAACGACAAUUAUCAAUCUGAAGUGGUAGCAAAUGUGAAUGCAUUGGCAGUUGCUAUGGCCACUUCUAAUAUGAUGGCUAGAACAAAUGCGAAAAUGCUCCAACAAUUUAAUCGAUCAUGUCCAGGGAUCUAA